AUGGGAUCUGUGGACAUGGGUGGCCACUCUGCUGCCGCUACUCAGAGUGCUGUCUGCCAAAGGGCUGGGGCACUGCCCAGGGGGGCCUGGGGAGCUUCUGUGAGCCUCUGGUGCUGCCCCGCUCGCAUUCACAUCACAGGCCUUUAUAUCACAUCUGACCCAGGGGUGGGAAAUGCCGGUUUACGAGUGUCCAUCAUUCCUGAGCUCUGGGGUCUACGUGCUCUUCACUGUCCUCUGUCUGAGCAGGUUGGCCACAACCCAAAUAUCAGGCUGCCCAGCACUGAAGGGGGCUUCCAGACACCAGGCUUCGGCCCACUGAACGGGUCCAGCUGUUUAAUUUGCAAGGUUGAGGAGCAAGGGGGCCGGCCUGGAGUGUGCAUUGCCAUCCCAUACCCAUGGUGA